AUGCCACUGCAGGCUUGCACCAUCCCCCCACAUUGGGCGGAUGUUACUUGCAGAACGGAAAGACUCUACAUCGUAGGGUUCAAGGCCAGCCAUACCAACCUCUUCUAUCCCGCUAACUCAAUCAAUCUCGUCAAGCUGGCCAAUGACCAUGCUGUCAGGAAAAACAACCUUGUCAUUGUCAAGGCUGAUCUUGGCAAGGUUGUGCGCAACCAUGUCUUGAUCAAGCAGGUCAUAAACUUCCAGACCCAGCAGCAAGAACUACUUCAAGCCCUGCCAACCAACAGUAUCCCCCCACUCUGGGCCCAGCUGCUGGAAUCCUCAACCAUGCCAUUGUCACUGCAACUGCUCUCUCCCAAGUCCCACUGA